CGUUACUCGACGGUCCCAACGAUAUUCACCUCUGCUGUGUUGUUCUUCAACCAAAACUGCCUAUCAAGCUCCUGCGGUCCGCCGUAGCCGACUUCUGGCCACAAAACCCGCUUUUUUCGCUUCUUCUUCCUUUUUCCCUCUCCCUCCCUCCUCUCUUCGCUUCUUCUCGCUUGCUCGCACAUUUUUUCUUUCCCUUUUCCCCAUUCUCCAUCGACCAUUUAAAUACCUCCCCUCCACCUCUUCUUCGUUGCUUUUUUUUCUCUCUCCUUCUCACUCGCGCGUGUCGCGCAACUCCCUGUCAGCAUGGAUAUGAACCAUUUAAUAGGUCAGCGGUUCAACCUGAUCUCUAAGAGUGAUAUUCGUUAUGUUGGUACUUUACAUGAGAUCAACCCUGAGGCCUCGACAAUAGCUCUCGAGAAUGUUGUCUCCUUCGGAACGGAAGGUAGACGAGGCAACCCGGCCGAGGAGAUCCCUCCAUCUGGCAGUGUUUACGAAUAUAUCGUGUUCCGGGGUAGUGAUGUCAAGGACAUCAGCGUAGCUGAGGAAAAGGAAAACACACAGCCUGAGCCACCUCAGGUUCCGGAUGACCCCGCCAUUCUAGGAAGUAUGUCCCGCACGGGUCCGCAGGGUCUUCCUCAAUCCCAGCCGCCACAACAGCCUCAGGUCCCUCAUCAAGCUCCUCCUGGCUAUCCCCAACAGCCCCAGUUCCAAGGAUUCUACCCGCCUUAUGGACAACGCUUUGGGCCUCCUUUCCCACCUGGACCUGGUUUCCCGCCGUAUGGAUUCCCACCAGGGUGGUAUCCUCCUCCGGGUCAGGGUUUUCCCCAAACACCCGGAGCUUUCCCUCAGGUGCCCAUCGGACCUCCAGGCCAACACCAAACCCCACCUCAACAGCAUCGUCCUGGGAUGCCGGGUGUGGGUCCCGUAAACCCUCUCAACCCAACCUCUGAGCUUCCGGUCGGUGGAACACCCGCCAGUAAGCCGACCAGCCAGGCUGCUACACCUGCACCUGCUGCUGCUGCUGCUGCUGCCGCUACGGCUCAGAAGCCUCCAACUCCGCCUAUUGAAUCUAAGCCCAACGUAACUGAAGCUGUACACGCUGCGCCCGGAGCUGCCACGGCAACUCCAUCCAAGGUGCCGCCUACUGGACCCAGGAGCAGUCGCGUGGAACCGGCGAUUCCAUUCUCCCAACCUGCUAAGCCUGCUGUUCCUGCUGUAGCUCAACCUCCACUGGCUAGCACUCCAGGGAACAAUGUGCCGCAGGGCACUGCUCAAGCCGCCGCCGUUACUGAAGCUACUCGUGCGGCCACUGCUGCAGUCGCUGCUGCCAUGGCUAAACUGCCACAGCCCAAUGUUCCCAAGAAGCCUGAUACAUCUGUUGAACAUGUGACCAAGCAGAUGAAUGACUUGAAGACCCACGAUGGCAGUCGUCCCCAGCGUGGCGGUUAUCAACCCCGUGGUGGGCGUGGCGGUCGUGGUCAGUACCAAGGCCAACAACAACAACAACAACACAAGAAGGUCGAGGUCCCGCAGACCGACUAUGAUUUUGAAACCGCGAAUGCGAGGUUCAACAAACAGGACUUGCUCAAGGAAGCCAUCGCCACUGGUAGUCCUGCGGCCGAGGCGGAAAUAGUUCCCCAAGAGAGUGAUCCUCAACCCGAUGACGCGGACAAUAAUGGCACGCCGGCUUCUGCGACUGUCAAUUCUUACAGCAGGACCAGCUCAUUCUUCGACAACAUCUCCAGCGAGUCCCGUGACCGUGAGGAAGGAACUGGAGCCCGCGCUGUUGGUCGUGAAUGGCGCGGCGAAGAAGAGAAGCGGAACAUUGAGACCUUCGGUCAAGGCAGUGUCGACGGCUACCGGGGCAGCUACAGAGGUCGUGGUCGUGGUAGAGGCUACGGCCGGGGCCGCGGUGGUUAUGGCCGUGGAUUCUCCCGAGGCCGUGGUGGUUUCCGCGGUGGACGUGGUGCCUCUCAGUCCACUGGAGUGCCGACGCUCACCUAAAUCACACUUGCGUGAUGAUGAAAGUCUACCGGCGCCGUAUCCUUAGCGGUGUUUAAUCUUUAUUUCGUCGUAUCUUAUUAUCUAUCUGGUGUUUAUUAUUAUGAGUCUUUUUUUGGCGUGGCGAAACCUAUUGUCAUUUUUCAUGUUGCUGGCGUCUGGAUGAUAGCGUCCUACGAAUUCCUGGUCUUUCACAUUUCGACCGACGGGUUGUCAUUUCUCUUCCGAUACGAUUGGGAUUCGCACAUGGUUUACGGUGGUCUGGGUGACUUGUUGCUUAGGCGAAGUUUGCUUCGUCCUCGGCGUUCUGAUUUUCCUUUUACUUUUCGCACAUAUUGCAUGGGCUUGUCUCGACAGAGGUUCGAAGACAUCCUUGACGAAUGAUCAUUUUUCUUUGCCUGUCCGCGGUCUGCCCGGUCUUUGGUCUCUGGCACCGGACAUGGACACCACAACACCAAUUGGCAGUGUAUCAUAUCCUAAAGGUACUACACGUACUACCGACU